GAACCUGCCUCUUUUCCUGUGAGCGGAGGAAAAGUUGUGAAACCCCACCCUCCGCGCUGCCUGUCAGCUCAGACGUAGAAGUGGUCCGAGGUCCUGACGAGUGAACGCGGACCGAGGAAGGGAACUAUGAGGAGAACGUACGAUGGAGCUACGGCGCUGUUUGGAUACCGGCUCUGAAAGCGCGGCCGCCGAUCUGGAUCGGGCCGAACUUCUGUGAGCACCCGGCGGGAGUCGCUUUUACUGCGCGUUUCCCACUGGGACGUAGAGCCGAGCAGACCCUUGGGGUGCAAAAUCAGAUCCAGUCAAAACAUCAGCUCGAGGCUCCAUGGAUCCCCUGAAGAACAUAUUCAGCCGUGGCUCGCUGUCGAACUGGAAAAAUUUGGAACAAUCGCAAAAAGGGAACUUCACUAAUCCCGUGUGGACGGCCUUAUUCGACUACGAGGCGUCUUGUAAAGAUGAGCUCACCUUGCGUAAAGGCGACCUGGUGGAAGUCCUCUCUCUGGACUCCGAGAUAUCCGGGGACGAAGGCUGGUGGGCCGGUAAGGUCAACAACAAGGUCGGCAUCUUCCCGUCCAACUACGGCUCUUUCAAGCCAAGUGGAUACGCGAAGCUUCCGGGCAGCGGCGUGGUCGGCGAGCUUGGCCCGGCGGUGGUGGGGGAGUUCGAACCGGACGUGCUGGAUUUUCGGGAGCUGAGUCUCGAGGAGGUCAUCGGGGUCGGGGGAUUCGGGAAGGUGUAUCGUGGUACAUGGAGAGGGGGGCUGGUGGCCGUGAAGGCCGCUCGGCAGGACCCGGACGAGGAUAUCAGUGUGACGGCGCAGAACGUGAGGCAGGAGGCGCGCCUGUUCGCCAUGCUCACCCACCCGAACAUCAUUGCCUUGAAGGGUGUGUGCCUCCAGGAGCCCAACCUGUGUCUCAUCAUGGAGUACGCCUCGGGUGGACCGCUGAGCCGGGCGCUGGCAGGACGCCGCAUCCCGCCGCACGUCCUGGUCAACUGGGCCGUGCAGAUAGCCAAAGGGAUGCUGUACCUGCACAGUGAGGCCAUUGUUCCCGUCAUCCACCGGGAUCUCAAGUCCAACAACAUCCUCCUGGCGCAGCCCAUAGAGAACGAAUGCAUGGAGGGCCUGACGCUGAAGAUCACCGACUUCGGCCUGGCCAGGGAGUGGCACAAGACCACCAAGAUGAGCACCGCCGGCACCUACGCCUGGAUGGCCCCCGAGGUCAUCAAGUCCUCCACCUUCUCCAAGGGCAGCGACGUCUGGAGCUACGGCGUGCUGCUGUGGGAGCUGCUCACCGGGGAGGCGCCCUACAGAGGGAUUGAUGGACUCGCCGUCGCCUACGGAGUGGCCGUCAACAAGCUCACCCUCCCCAUCCCCUCCACGUGCCCCGAACCCUUCGCUCAGCUCAUGGCAGAGUGCUGGGACCAGGACCCCCACCGCAGGCCCAACUUCAGCUCAAUCCUGGCCCAGCUGACGGCCCUGGAGCAGCAGGUGAAGGAGGAGAUGCCGCAGGACUCGUUCCAUUCCCUGCAGGAAGACUGGAAGCUGGAGAUCCAGGACAUGUUCGACGAACUCCGGGCUAAAGAGAAAGAGCUGCGAUGCCGCGAGGAAGAGCUGAAGCGGGCCGCCCUGGAGCAGAAGUCGCACGAGGAGUUCCUGCGGCAGCGCGAGCAGCAGCUGGCCCAGUGGGAGCAGGACGUGUUCGAGCGCGAGCUCAGCCUGCUCAUCCUCCACCUGAACCAGAACCAGAACCAGGAGAAGCCCAACGUGAAGAAGAGGAAGGGCACGUUCAAGAAGCACAAGCUCAAGAGCAAGAACGGCGAGAAGAUCAGCAUGCCCCAAGAUUUCAUCCAUAAAAUCACGGUGCAGGCGUCCCCGGGCCUGGAGAAGAGGCGCAACUCCCCGGAUCUGGGUUCGGGCUCCUCGCCCUCCUUCGGCCCCCGCUUCCGCGCAAUCCAGCUCAGCCCCAGUGACAACAGUAGGAGUUUUGGUCUGAGUCACCCCUGGCCCCUGGAGGCUUUGCCCCUUAAACAAGCCAACGGGGACCUGAGGUUGGGCCCCCACUGGAGACCCCAGAGCCCCAAAAGUCCCCAAAGCCCCAAAGUCUUGCGCCUGAGUUCGCAGGAAUGCAGCCUGUCGAUGAGAGCCAAGCUCCUGGAGUCAGACAGCAACGAGAACGGAGAGUCCAAGGACGACUUUGAGGAGUACAGACCCUCCACCCCCACCCCUCCCUCCACUCAGAACGGCUCCUCUGUGAAAGACAGCCUGCGGCUUCCUCUACCUCAGGGGGACUCAGGCAGCGAGGAAGGGGGUUCCUCCCCGGCUGGUUCCCCCAGACCCGAGAGGGGUUCUCUAAGUGGCCUCGUAAAGAGCACCCACCGGGCCCUGCUGGGCGGUGGUUCCCUCCUGGCCUCCGUAGGACUAGGUCGCUGCCUGGACGUUCCCCCAAGGGUGCCCCCCCGGCCCUACCCUCCUUCCCUCGGGGACCGCACCCUCUCCGACAUGGAGAUCUCCUCCCCCAGGCCCUUGAUUUCAGACCCUCCAAUAGUGGACGAUCUCAUUACAUUCUCCACCUCUGAGCCGCUCCCCCGACAGCUGUUGGAUUUAGCCCUGCAUUACCAAGAACUCAAGCCUUUGCCCCUGACGCCGCCUCCGCCAAACCCCCGUGAGAGGAGUAGCCACCGGACGCAGCGGAGUCCACAAAGCCUCAGGACCCCUCUGCAGCACGGCGUGGCCGGCUCGGGGGAAUGGACCCCGGCCUCUCCUUCCUCAAAUGGAGAGCUAGCUACUGAACCUUCGGAGCCCAGAGCCGAGAGGAGGAGGAGGUCCAGCCAAGGCCUACACGCCUCUCAGCUAGUUUUGGACCUGCCCUUGUGUCAGGACACGCAGGAUGCUGAUGACAAGCUUUCGGUGCCCUACGCUCUCCACCCCAACCCGGCUCUCUGGAACCCCAAAACCAGGCGGCUGGAGGUCAGUGUCAUCCCCCGGCCACGCCCGUCUCCCAUCCGCCCCCGCAUCGACCCCUGGAGCUUCAUCUCAGCCGGCGGCGGGAACUCGGGUGGGGGCCGCAGCCCCCACCGCUUGGACUGCAAUCACCUGGGCUAUCAUCCCUCCCCCACCAACCCCUUCACCAACUGUGACCCCUUCCCCUCGCCGGACUGUGAUCCUUUUGCCUUGAAAGCCGACCCUUCGAGCGGCUCGGACAGAGCUUCGCCCUUCGACCCCUUCUUGGCUCACUUUCCCACCUCCCGUUCUGCCCCGUGCUCCACGAAUGGCUCGCCCACGCUGCCCUCGUUCCGCAUAGCACCUAUCAACGCAGCCGACUCGCCCCUGAUCGACCUCGGCUGGGCAGCCUGCAGCAAGCCCCUGGAUGGCACCAAAGAGAGAGUCCACCCCCACAGGACACUGGGGCUAAAGCCUUUCAAGUCCCCGACACAACUCAAAGAUGACAGGUUCUGAUCCAAGCCUGUCUUGACUAGGGUCUUAAUUGCAGGGACACAGUCCAGGAUGUUUUUUCACUACUUUGUUCUGAAAAAGGAAAAAAAACAAAAACAAAAAAAACACCAACCAAUCAUAACCCACUGCUGGGGUUCUCUGAUGGGAUACCCGGCCAUUGCAGGUCUUAUUUAUGUGCCAGCCUGCUGCUUUGGAAACAGAAACCAGUGAAAGGUGGUACAUUGGAUAGUGGAGUAGUAGCCUGUGAACCAAUAGCUGGUUCCCAUUUCAUUCCCUCUCUUUCUCUCUCUCUCUCUCUCUCUCUCUCUCUCUCUCUCUCUCUCUCUCUCUCUCGAUUUCUCCAGCCCUUUGAAGCAACAGAGCACAGAUCACUAGUCCCAUCUUCAGAUUGUAUCAGACUGCUCAUAUCACCUGCUUUCAUCUCCACCCUACCUUUGAAGCAUUGUGACAAUGCAGAGGUGGAUAAGGCGACUUGCACAGCUUCUUCUGCCUCUACCUCUCUGCAGACUGAGAGCAUUCAGGACAACUAAAAAUUGGAGUGCCUUAUUUUGUGAAGUGUUUUUAAUAUAUAUAUAUAUACAUAUACAUAUAUAUAUAUAU